AAAUUUGCUGAGUUGGACUCGAUGUUACUACCGAAGUUACUCCCACCGUGGCUAGUCUUAUGUUACUCCCACUAUGACUAGCCUCAACGCAAGAUGAAAUUUGCGAUCCAUGUCAGCGAUCCGCGCCAUCUCUCCCCGGAUCGCCAUCUUGACCGUCCACUUGUGUAUGGAUCCGACGGCAGGCUGCACCCUCCUCGCUUGUUAAAUCCCCCUUCCAUUCUUCCCCACUCUCACCACCAGCAGCAGCCGCCACCACCGCUCCUCCUCCAUUUGCAUCUCAGUCAGCUCCAAGAUGUCCGGUCGUGGCAAGGGCGGGAAGGGCCUCGGCAAGGGCGGCGCCAAGCGCCACCGGAAGGUGCUGCGGGACAACAUCCAGGGCAUCACCAAGCCGGCGAUCCGGCGCCUGGCGCGCCGGGGCGGCGUGAAGCGCAUCUCGGGGCUCAUCUACGAGGAGACCCGCGGCGUGCUCAAGAUCUUCCUGGAGAACGUCAUCCGCGACGCCGUCACCUACACCGAGCACGCUCGCCGCAAGACCGUCACCGCCAUGGACGUCGUCUACGCGCUCAAGCGACAGGGUCGCACCCUCUACGGAUUCGGCGGCUGACCUGCGCCCGCUGCUGCUCCAUCGAGUCGACUCUGCUGGAUGCUGCUGUUCCUCUGCUAUGGUUUCGUUUCUGGGUGCGUGCGUUGUUGUUCCGUCGAUCUGUGUAGUUAGUGGAAGGCGAUGGAUCUGAAUGCAAUCGAAAUUGUUGGUUCUUGCAAGAAAUGAAUCUGAAUGCAAUGGAAAUAUAUGUAUCGCAUCUCGCUAUGAUUGUA